GGGGAGAGAACGGCCACCAGGCCACCGUGGGAAAAACACCCCCUCCUCCCUUCCUCUGCCAGCCAGGCAAGAGGGACGAAGAGUCUCCCACCAGCCAUAUCAUCAUCACUACCCCAAGACUGAAGCCUGAAUUUUCCUCCAUCUCUUCAUUUCCAGCAGGAAUUGUCAAAAGAGUAUCGCCAUGAAGGGUGAGACCCCUGUCAACAGCACCAUGAGCAUUGGACAGGCCCGCAAGAUGGUGGAGCAGCUGAAGAUUGAAGCCAGCAUGUGCAGGAUAAAGGUCUCCAAGGCAGCGGCUGACCUGAUGACCUAUUGCGACGCUCACGCCUGCGAGGACCCCCUCAUCACCCCCGUGCCCACCUCAGAAAACCCCUUCCGGGAGAAGAAGUUCUUCUGUGCCCUGCUCUGAGCUACGCUUGCCCCGCAGCGUCACCUUCUGGGGCCCAGUAGGCAUCUGGGCCACUCCCCCCUUCCCCUCCCUCUCUCUGGACAUCCUCAGCACCAAAUCAGGGUGGGAUCAGGGUUAGGGAGGCUCCAGGAGACUGGCACUUAGUGGGCUGGUGGGGGAUGGGGAGGAGCUGGCACUCGUUUCCUCUGGCAGCCUCCUCGUUGGUUGUGGAUAUUUGGCCACACCCUAGCGCAACAAACUGAUCCCCUGUGAGUGAGAAAGCCCCCUGCCCUCCUAAGAAGGGACAGCCCUCACUCAGCAGAGCAUGACAGCGGUCACACUCCUGGGGGCCCUGGACACCAACUGCAAUCACAACCACCCACCUGUAACAUGAACUUGCCCCCCCCCUUGAAUCACUCCUUCAAUGGAGUUUUGCUCCUAACCAGGGUUUUUGUAGCAGAAACUCCUUUGCAUAUUAGGCCACACACCCCUGAUGUAGCCAAUCCUCCUGGAGCUUACAGGAGGCCCUGUACUAAGAGCCCUGUAAGCUCUUGGAGGAUUGGCUGCAUCAGGGAGGUGUGGCCUAAUAUGCAAAGGAGUUCCUGCUACCAAAAAAAGCCCUGCUUCCUAACCAGAGGUGCUGAAGCUGUCUCCCCCUUGCUCCCCACCCCCCAAAACGAUAAUGCCAAGGGAAGGGUUCAGGGUAUCCCAAUUUCAGGCUGUUUGUGCCGGUCAUGGCCACCAUGUUAACAGAGAGCACAGAAAGUAAUUAGAUUAAAAGUGGAAAAUCACA